CAAAGAAAGUAUACGGCAAGAUCUGUGGAGUUAAAGAAAAAAGGAAAUAUACUUUCUAUGAAUUAAACUUGUAUUAGAACACUCAGUACAGACUCAGAAUAUCAGUUUUUAAUAGCUAUGGCUGAGGGAUCAGACUAGCCAACUGGCCAAACAAUAUUUUUAAAUUUCAAUUGCCCUUUACAUAGACCAUUUUGAUUCUGGAGAGCUUUCCAAAUCUUAAUAAGCUUCUGGCUAUUGUUCAAAAGAGUGAAGGCCUAGAGCCUCAAAAUAUGUUUGAACCCGAGGCUUUUAUCUACAUCCACUGCAUAACUUUAUGUACAACUUUGAUUUUGCUUCUGUUUUCUCUACUAUGAAGAACAAUCUUCAGACAAGGAAAGAGAGAACAAAGUGGUUAACAAGGAAUCGAAACUCAAAGUAAGUGCGGAGAUCCCUUUCACACUCUGGACCAAGACUCAGAAGGAAAGUGGUCUCUCUGUAUGAAAGCUUUGUUAACAAAUCAUUGAAAGAACAUUUUUUACCACCUAUUAUGGAAAAGAUUAUUUUCUUUAAUUUUUGGAAAGCUCCAUUUCUAGUGGAUUUGAAGAAACCAGAAUCUUGGAUUCCACACACCAUUAAUUUCUAUAUUAAACCUGAAAAUGGAAUAACUUUAGGUGUCUGGCAUGUAGUCCCCGAGAGCAGGGGGGAAGAAGCAAAAGGGAAGGACCGGUGUUGGUAUGAGACAGCUCUUCAAGAUGGCAACCCAAUUAUAAUUUAUCUCCAUGGUAGUGCAGAAAACAGGGCAUCUCAUCACAGAAUCAAGCUUUUGAAGGUGCUGAGUGAAGGUGGAUUCCAUGUUCUGGCUAUGGAUUACAGAGGAUUUGGGGAUUCUACAGGUAAGCCCACAGAAGAGGGCCUGACCAGGGAUACCAUUUAUCUCUAUGAUUGGACCAAAGCACGAAGUGGAACUACACCAGUCUGUCUCUGGGGUCAUUCUCUAGGAACAGGAGUUGCAACAAAUGCUGCAAAAACACUGGAAGAAAGAGGAUUCCCAGUGGAUGCAAUUGUCCUAGAAGCUCCAUUUACCAACAUUCGUGAUGAGGCUGCUAAUUAUCCCAUAUUAAAGAUGUACCAUAAACUCCCAGGAUUUGUACGUUUGUUUCUGGAUGCACUGACAGUAGACAAAAUUGUCUUCCCUAAUGAUGAGAAUGUUAAGUUCUUAUCCUCACCUCUUCUGAUCUUACAUGCAGAGGAUGACAAGACUGUGCCUUUAGAAAUAGGCCAAAAGGUGUAUGAGAUUGCCCAUAAUGCAUACAAAAACAAAGAAAGAGUGAAGAUGGUUAUUUUUCCUCCUGGUUUCCAACAUAAUUUCAUAUGCAAAGAUCCCAGGUUGGCAAUAAUUGUGAGAGAUUUCUUGAGAGAGCAAUGGGCAUGAAUAACCAGAGCAAAUUUCACCAUGAAGAGGAUAGCCAAGAUUUGCAAACUCCCUGCAUUAAAAGUCCAAAGCUUAUGUAGAUGAGCUGGAGUAAGUGACUCAUAUGCCUAUACACUAAUUCACAUAUAUUCAACACAACAAACAAUGAAAAAUAUUGCUACAGUUUCCACAGUGUCUUAAAUUGGCUCAAGAGCUUUUGUAUGAAAUUCACUUAAGCCUCCAAGUAAUACUGUUCUUUAUAGAGUGGAAUUUUAUUUAAGAUGGGAAGAAACAGCAUAAUCUAAUGGAAAUAGCACUUUAACAGGUAACUUGAAGACUUGGGUUCAGUCAUCUACCAACAAGAUUGAUCAUGUCCCCUACUCAGGAAAUCUUCAGUAUUUCCCAACUGCCUCUUCGACUGGCCAUUUAAAGUAAUUUACAAUCUAGUUCUAGUCUACUUUUUAAAAAAAUUAUUAUUUAUUUAACAUUCUUUUUAAAUUUUGAGCUCCGAAUUUUCUCCUUCCCUCCCAACCCUUCCCUACCACCUGAGAAUGCAAGCAAUGUGAUAUCAAUUAUACGUGUGAAGUUGUGCAAAACAUAUUUCCAUAUUAUCCUUAUUUCAAAAAAA